AUGCUUUCUCUUUACAAGCAUGACAAUAUUGUUUCUCUAUUAGGAUUUUGUGACGAAAAUGACGAAAAGAUCCUUGUGUACGAGUAUGCAUCCAGGAGAAGUCUUGACUCAUAUCUCAACAAAGAUGAUCUAAUUUGGAUUCAACGACUUAAUAUUUGCAUCGGGGCAGCUCGUGGACUGGCGUACCUUCAUAAUCCUUUUGGGACCCAACAAAGAGUAUUGCAUCGUGAUAUUAAGAGUUCUAACAUCCUCCUAGAUGAGAACUGGAAUGCCAAGAUCUCAGAUUUAGGGUUAUUAACAAAAGAGUCUGAUGUUUAUUCCUUCGGUGUGGUUUUGUUUGAAGUGUUGUGUGGGAGGUUAUGUAUCGGCAACAAGAAUGGUAUUCAUCGGCCUUCUUUAACAGGAGGGUGUGACAAAAAUGGAAAUAUUCUGAAAUCAGCUGAGUUAUAUGAUUCAUCAACAGGUAGAUGGGAAAUUUUGCCGGAUAUGCACUCUUCACGUAGAUUAUGUUCUUGUUUUUUCAUGGAUAAAAAGUUUUAUGUGAUAGGAGGGAUGACAAGUAGCACUGAUUCGUUAACUUGUGGUGAGGAGUUUGAUCUUAAUACAAAACAGUGGAGGAAAAUUGAUGGGAUGUACCCUAUUAUUGUAAACAAGAUUACCCAGGCACCUCCUCUUGUUGCAGCUGUUAGUGACGAGCUAUAUGCACUUGACUAUAUGAGCAGCAUGGUUAAGAAAUAUGACAAAAACAAGAACUCAUGGGAUGUUUUGGGCAGACUUCCGGUUAAGGCUAGUUCGAUGGAAGGUUGGAGUUUAGUCUUUAAGGCUUGUGGGGAUAGGCUUCUAGUUGUGUAUGUACAAAAAAGUCGUGAGAAUGCAUCGAUUGUUCUUAAUUCUUGGAGUCCAAAAUCUAGGAUUGAAGAUGGUAUCUUGGAUUGGAAUGUUCUUGGUGUUAAGGAGCAACAAUCACAAUUUGUUUACGACUGUGCUGUGAUGGGUUGCUGA